CUACAUAUCCCACAAUUCCGCUGUUUCAAACCGGAAGUCGUUUCACUUCCUGGAUACUUUAAACUGUCAAACAAAACAACAGUGAAGAUAAAAGGCUGAACAACAUCUGCUGUCACAACCCUGGAUAAAGUCAUGAAUUUUAACUGCAGAAAGAAAGCCCAGUGAGAGGUGACGGAGCUGCAGGCGGUCAUGGAGGACUUCAGGAGGUCGUACCUGAGGCUGUGUAAGGAGGGAGGAAUAGAUGCUCAGGAAUCAGUGCUGGCUCAGCUGCACGACGCGAGAACAGUGACGGGCAGCUGUAGACUGGACCUGAGGGGACAGAGCAUCACUGUGGACACCUGCAGCGUGCUGGGAAGAGUCCUGCAGAGCGACGCCGUCUUCACAGAGGUCCUCCUCAGCGACUGCAUGCUCAGUGAGGAAGGCGUCAAGCUGCUACUAAACGGGCUUUGCUCCAACACCACAGUGAAAGUUUUGGAUCUGAAGGGGAACAACAUGAGAGGAACAGGAGCCGAGGCUUUGGGACAGUUGUUGGUGAGGAACAAGAUGCUGCGCAGACUUGUGCUGGAGUGGAAUGCUCUGGGAAUGUGGGAGGAAGGAUUUGGUGUAUUUUGUGAAGGUCUGGCCUCCAACACCUCUCUCGCUCAGCUUGACCUGCGCAAUAAUCAAAUCAACCACCAGGGGGCGGCGGAGCUCUGCAUUGCACUGAAGAGGAACUCCACUCUGCAAGAGCUGGAUCUCAGAUGGAACAACAUCGGGCUGCUGGGCGGUCGAUCUAUCCUGGAGGCAAUGCAGCAGAACCGCACACUGAACAAACUAGAGAUGGCUGGAAACAACAUUCCCAGCGACACGCUCAGAGCCAUCGAACAGUCCAUGAAUCACAAUGCAGACAGACAGUCCACACUGAGAGAGAGCCGGAGCAGGACUCAAGUGCUCAGCAAAGAGAUCCAGCUCCUAAAGGAGGAGAAAAGCCGACAGUUUCUUAGUCUAAUGGAGACCAUUGAUAGACAGAAAGACGAGAUGGGAAGAAGCAGCAGAAAUUCAUCCAUACGUCUGGGGCAGCUACAGGAAGUGCUGAGCGAGCAGAAGUCAUCUGUGAAUUCUCUCACAGCCAAACUGCAGAUGACGGAGGCGGCUCUCGCUCUGUCGGAGCAGAAGGCUCAUGAUCUCGGUGAGCUGCUGACGCGUGUUAAACUGGAGAAAGCCGAGCUCAGAGACAGACAGUCCAGAGAGAUCCAGAAAGAGCAGGAGGAUAGCGCUCUGAAGGAAGCCAAGCUUUUGAAGGAGGUGAACAGCGUGUCAGAGAAGAACCUCCAGCUUAGGAACAAGCUGGAGGAGACCGAACGCAGAUGUAAAACACAACAGGAUCAGAUCUUUGAGCUGAAGCAGGAACUCACAAACACCACUGCUGAGCUAAAGCUGCGUCUCGCCCAAACUGAAGAAAGGCUGGAAAUGGAGAAGAGAAGAUCCAAGCAGGCACUUGAAGACAUGGACGGAUUACGACAGAAGGAGGUGGAUCAUCUGACAAGACACCAGGAGGAGAGUGAGAGAGCGCUUCAAGAGCGCAUCCUCAAACUCGAAGGACAGCGGAUCCAGUUAGAAGAAGAGCUGAGCAGAGUGAAAGCGUCUCUGGUGACGGAGAGAGCUCAGGCUGAGGAGGAGCUUGGGAAAGUGCGUGCACAGGUGCGCCUGGAGGAGCAGCAGCACCUGACCAGCCUGGAGGAGAAACUGCGGGCGGUUCGUCAGUCUCGGGAUGAAUCGCAGAACCACUGCACCCAUCAGAAACAAACCAUCGCUGAGCUGCAUGCUAAAGUGGGUCAGCAAAGCAUCGAGAUGGACACGCUCCGCCGCAGGAUAGACGAGUUACAGCAGGACCUCGCAGGGAAAGAGCAGGAGAAGGUGGCAGAAGUGACCCGAGUGCGAGUGGAGCUACAGGAGCAGAUCGGCCACCUGCAGGCUGAGAGAACGGCACAGAGCGGCCUUAAAGAGAAGAUCGCCGCUCUGGAGAGAGAGAUGAAGGUUCUCAGUACCGCCCACAGAGAGGCCCUUCUGGACAAAGAGAGUGAGAUCUCGUCUCUGCUCGAGCGGCUGCGCAUUAGAGAAGGAGAGAUCCAGCGCAUACGUGAGGACGAGGCCCAGAGAGCCAGCUUCCUCCAGAACGCCAUUCUCACAUACGUCCAGGGCUCUCCUCUCGCUCACUUCAGCCCCAAAAAGUGAACUCUUAUCCCAAGACUUCUGUGAUUUUCCCACAGUUCUGUUAUACACUUUCCAUCAGGGUGAUUUGCAACUAUGCACAAUACAUCUACUGCAUAUUGCAAGUUUUUACAAUGCUUUUACAUAUUUGAGUGACAUGUUUUCAUGAAUUAAAAUAUAUAUAUAUAUAUAUAUAUAUAUAUAUAUAUAUAUAUACUAAAAUACUUUUAAGUGUAUAUAUAUUUGGUUCGGAAAAGGAGUUUGCCUUGGUGAAUAAUCAGAAAACUUUUUUCCAAAAAUUUGAAAUUUCUCUUUUUUAAUGAAUAUUCACUUUUAUUUAAGAUGUUGGAGCUCUUUCAAAAAUGUGUCUUUUUAAAAUCCCCAUUGUGCCAAAUUGUCCAUCAACGCUCUUAUAGUACGGCACUUACAAAUUGUAUAUUUUAAGAUGAUUUCUACUGUCGGAGUUCUUCCAGUUUUGUAAUGUGUGUUGGCUAUUAAAUAAAAAAGUUUUUUUUUUUUUUUUUU